CCCUCCCACUCUCCUCCUCUCAAACCUUCGCGACACCACCACGCGUCCGCGGCGAGCGCCACCGGUUUGCGAGCUCUCCGGCCACCGCCGCGUCGCGUGUCCAUGUCGGCGUCGUCGCGCGCGCUCUCCCGGGCGGGGUUCCUGGCGCGGCGCGGCGGGAUCGGGAUCCUCGCCGCCGCCCGGUGCGGCUACCACACCCGGCGCCGGCUGCCGCUCACGGCGGCGGAGGUGGUCGAGGGCGGCGGCGCCGCCUCCGCGGCGGGGGGCGCGUCGACGUCGGAGGAAGCCGGGUCGUCGUCGAGCGCGAUGGCGCGGCGGAUGGAGGAGGCCAUCGACGGCGCCAUGGCGCGGAUGUCGGAGCCCGAGUGGGCGCCGUUCCGGCCCGGGACGUCGUACUACGCGCCGCCGCGGCCCGCCGGCGCCGCCCGCGGGUUGCUGGCGCUCGUCAGCCACGCCGCCGCGAGGAUGGGGCCGGUGCCCCGCGCGCUUUCCGCCGACGAGGCGCGCGCCGUCGACGCCGCCUCCCGCGGAUUCCCCUGCACGACCUACUUCAUCGAUGGACACUUUCCGGAUGAAGUGGAGCGCUCGGAUGUCAUUCCAGCUGAAGAUGAAUGAGCGAAAUUCCAGCUGAAGAUGCAUUAGUGGAAGCCAAAUCAGCCGAAGACGAAUUCAAGCUUUGCCUGUUUCAUGUGCUAGUAUUUGUUUUCUGCUGUUGUACAAAUGUAGAAUCCAGAAAUUCAUGAGCUACUGUGAGGGAAUAAAAACGCAGGAAUCCAUGUAGCUCAUCUGGUUAUAAUAUGUAAGACUCAUCAAACAAACUAUAAAGAGAUUAAUAAUUACCACCCUUUUCUUGGUAUUA